AGUGAGAGGUAUAGGGAAAUGAGAGAGGAAGGCACAACAAUCAAAGGGGGUUGAAAAGGGUAAGCAUGUCAAACCAGUCAGGCAAGUUCUUAUUACAGUAGAAAUGCAUCAUAAAAAAAUGACAGACUGCAAGGAGUGAGAGAGAGCUUAAAGGCACAAGGGAAGAUGGGGAGGAUCUGUUCUCUCAAACUUCUAAGGGACACAUGAAGUCCUCUAAGAACAAGAUAAAGAGCAGAGAGCACUGAGACCCAUUACUAGCUCUUUUUGGAUCCAGGGAGAGUGAAACAUCUGUCAGAAGCUAAAUUUAGCAGGUCUCCUUCGCCACCCUGGAUUACAAACACAUUUUUCCAGCUUUUAUAACGAUGGUAGGAAAAUACAGCCCUUCUUGAUUACUUCACAAAUGCUGUCGUUCCGAGAAAAUAAGGAAUACAAUUUUUUUUGAUCAAGUUGCUGAAAAUGUGUUAGCAACCAGCCUUCCAUUCAUAGUGUAAUGAAUAUACUUUGUGACAUUCAGAGACAAUUAAAAGCAUGAGUUUGCAUACUGGAACUUUUGUACAUCGAUGUCCUGAAUCAGACGCAACUGGCAGCAUAACUGAAGGUGCAGAAUCAUCCAAUGGAACAGAAACACAAAAUCAUAGUGAGUCAUUGGUAAAUCCUAUUGGCUCUGCAGCUGCUAGAUUCACAAUCCGCUCUGCUAAAACACGUCAGCAAAAGUCUGAGCCGACUACUAAGGACCUCAGGAUGAUAAGUAACAUCUUUGAGGGUGGAAAAGUUGAAGACUCAAGUCAGAAAAGUGAUAGUAAGGACCUCAACAAAGUCUGUACUUCUUCUGCAAGUUGUACCCACACUGACAAUAAUGACGAAAAGAAAGGUAUAAAUGUAGGUAAUGGCACACAUAAGGACUCAGCUCUUUCCAUCAAUUCUGAGAAGUGUGAUGUGAGUGCUAAACAGUCAAAUACUCAAGAAGAAGCGAGUCAGGCAGCAAGUGACAGAGGAAAUAAUUUGAGGAGAUACCAGUCAAAUAAAAGCAAAAGCUUAGACUGGAGAGAAACAAGUAGAGCAGACCAUGGGAGCAGAACUGGGAUAACUAGGACUAGAGAAAUUGAUAAUUUUAUAAAACGAUCCAGUAGUUUUGAGAGAGCAGGGGCAAACAACAAUAUUACUUCACACACACAAGAUAAUCAACCCAGUAGUGUUUCACGGAGGAUUCACGCUUACAAUGGAGCGAAUCAGAACACAGACAGAAAGAUUUACCCAAUCUCUGGAUCUACAUCUGCGAGAAUGAACCGUGUAAAUUUAGCUCUGGAACAGGCAAGCAGUGGCCAGUCACUUCCAGUCAGAUUGAAGCCAAGACUAAGCCAAGGUAGUAUUGGAGAAAGUAGCAGUCUCUGGGCACAGCAACAAGGUGAAUCAAAUCUUGAUCAGACAGACAACAGAAUUGGGUCCUGGGCCAGAGAGCAAGGAACUUCCAAUUCUGAGGAAGUAACUGGAAACCAAACAAUAAUGGAAAGAAUUGAGAAACUGUUUGGGACAGAUGCCAAAUCUGAUGCACGCUCAAAAAAUUCAAUUGGAUUAAAACGCAAUGAUACUUCUGAUGAAUCAUUUCCUAAAUCUAUGGACGCUGUGGACUCUACUCCAAGUCACAGAAAAUACACUACUGACUCUGUGUUUGGAACUUCAGAUUUGUCUGACAGUCAACAGGGGAAACCUUUUUACAAUGUAGACAAAGCUAGAUCAUUGCCAAGAGGAUUUUCAAAAACAUACCUUUGUCAGAAGCAAGAACCCUCUACCUACAAAGGGAAUAAAAAUGACCAAAGGGACAAUUCUUCUGGAUUGAGUUUUUCGGUGUCAUCAAAGCCUACAUCGAUUACAGAAAUGUCCUCUGUUAAAAAAGUCCAAACACUUCUACCUGAAGACAAUGAAGAGACACGCAGAAAAUUGUUAACAGGGUCUUCAAAGUACUGUAGUCAGUCCUUACAAAGGACCAGUAGGUUGUCAGCAAACCAUUUAACCACUUCUGAAGGAAUCAAGCGGGACAUUGGGAAAGUCAAGUAUCUUGAUGGUUUGCAAGAUGGUAUCACCCAACCCAAGUACCCACUAGCCUCAAAAGGUGCAGCAUGCAAUGAAAUUCAUAAAAAGGAAGAGAAAGAGGAAGUUUUCACAGAUAAAACUGAAGGAAGGAGAGGAGAAGGCAUGCUAGAAAAAUUGCAUGUGCCAUCCUUUGAUUCAGUGAAGAAUGCAAUCACCAUGUUUGAAUCUUUGGCUCAACAAAGCAAAAGCACACGGGAGACUUUUCUUACCAGGAGGACCUUAUCUGUACAAGAGCACCCCAAACCCGUGGCUCUUGUAAAGAAGAGUGAUUCGGAUAAAAAUCUACAUUUUGGAAGGGUUGAGCGGAACACAGACAUCCUAAGACCAAAUUUAUUUAACAAAAGUGAUUCCAAUGACGAGACUGAAUGCAGUCGAAAUACAAGAAGAACUCCUCAUUCAAAUUCCAUAGUCAAAGUAAGACCAACAUUAGAACGUCAAGAAACAUACAAAACGAGUGUUGAGCUUGCUCCAGCAUUCAAACAAAUGACUGAAUCAAAAACUGAACAAGUUAUCAACAGGAGGGAUGAAGAUAAAUGGACAACAGUAAAUAAAGCACACACGGAGUCGGACGAACCAGAUUCGGCCAUCACUGCAACCUCGGGGCUCAGAAACGUAGGGACAAUGGAAGAAAAAGCAGGAAUCCCAUCAAUCUCUCAACAGUCGAAUGUCAAAAGUUUAUCAAAGCAACAUACAAUUAAUACAAAUAUAGUUGAUGAUGAUGAAAAUACACAGACUAACUCUCCUGAUAGACCUCUCACAGUUACCAUUCAGAAGCAGAUUAACCCUGGAGCUGUAACAGUCAAUGGUAACCAUCCCAAAGCGCUGCCCAAUCUUUCUCAAAGCUUUACUCCUGUCCAAACAAUCUAUUCCUCACUCAACAGUUCUAACAAUAACAACUAUGAAACAACAAGGAAGGAUUGCACCAUAUUGAGUACUAGCAAGGCUAGGUGGAGCUCUGAAGAAGAAGAUGAUGAUGAUGAUGAUGAGGAAACUGAAGAAGACUCUGACUCAGGAGAAUCAUCCGUGACCAUCACAAGCCAAUCGGAACGCAGAAGUUUUUCUCUAAGUCUUGUGGACCUAUGUAAUUUUGGUGGAGUGGACUACAAACCAUCAGAAAACAGUUUGUCAGAGAAUGGUGAAGAUUUGCCAUCCACACGCUCUGCGUCGUUGAGCUCAGACAUCUCAGCCUUCUCUUCUGUGACUCUGUUGAGCACUGAUGAACUGGAUCGCUUACUAGACGAUGUCAGGGGCUUGGGAGAUGACACCCUGCAGAAAUAUGAAGACGUACAAGUGGUUGUGUUACACAAGGAGGUGGGGAGUGGCUUAGGAUUUACCUUGGCAGGAGGAGUGGAUCAGAAUAAACCAGUCACAGUUCACAGAGUAAUCCCAGGGGGAGUAGCAGCGCAUGAAGGCUCUAUCUACGAGGGUGCCCGGGUGUUGUCGAUCAAUGGCACUGCCCUGCAGAACUCUGCCCACUUUGAGGCUCUGCGUACUCUGAGAAAAGCGAGGGGGCAGGGAAUGGCAGUUGUUGUUCUUCAGAGUGGUAACAGCAGAAGAGAGGCCACUGAAAUACAAGGAAUCACAGGCAGGAGAGUCCGUGUGACUCUGGAAAAGUCCAGCUCUGAUCUUGGCUUUAGUCUGGAAGGAGGGGUGGGCUCCAGCUCUGGAGACAAACCCCUCACUGUAAAAAAAAUAUUUCGUGGUGGACCAGUCAGUGAAGUGUUUCCUGGGGAUGAGUUGUUGGAGAUGCAAGGUCAGCGUUUGGCGGGUAUGAUGCGGCUUGAGGCUUGGAACCUCAUAAAGAAACUGCCUUCUGGUCCAGUAGAGGUCUUACUACACCGUCCUCACCAACCACACUGAAGACUUUUACUUUCCUUCUUGCAACUUAUUUCUCAAAGCAAUUUACAUGAAUUCAGUCAUAAUUCAUAUUUUGCAAAUAUUUAGUUUUGCAAUACUAUGAAGUAUAUAUUUUUUAUAUAUAGAUAAUUAUUAAUUAAUACUGCCAAAAUUAAGGGCAUAAAAGCACUGGAGACCAGGAGGUCAUUCUUUUACAUAUCACUUAUUUUAUGCACUCACAAUAUGCAACUAUUGAUAUUGUUUUGUACAAUCAGUCUUUAUCAGAAAGCCAUUAUAUAUAUUUCUUAGUUUUUUAUGCUACAUGUAUAUUCGUAUAUGUUGUCUGUACUGCACAUAUCCGUCCCAAUUAAACUUUUGUAAUAUUAAAGACAAAA